AUGUCCACAGAAGCUGCUGUUCCACAUCUUGAGCAGACAUUGCGCAUCGUAAAUUUUGUUCUUCCUACGACAUCGAUAUGCUUAACCAUCAUACGGCUUUACGACCGAGCCGCUACCCGUCGUCUCUGGUGGGAUGAUGCUUGGGCUGCUUUCACAAUGGUUUUAUCGCUGGUGUUUAUGGUCAUUGUUGAGCUGUUUGUUCAGUACCACAUCGAGGCACCAGAUAAAUUUCCCCAGGAUGUCAAGAUCUCCAUAUACUACAUGUACUUCCCUCUCCUGUUUUUCAACUGCAAACUGAUUGACAAUAAUGUGGCAGGUGUGAUCAAUUCUUUUACUUGGUUGCUUGACCGUUGCUUACUGAAAUACUACAGGAGCGCUCGAAUCUCCAUCCUGUUUACCAUCAUACGUUUAACGGUGCCCGGAAGGCUACGCAAAGGAUUGAUCCUUUCUGCGUGUGCCUUUGGUUUGACCUGGGCUAUCCUCUUUGCCCAGGUCUGGUGGGUCUGUGAAAAGGAGCCCGGAUGGAAAGAAUCUCCGACCCCUCAAUGUGAUCUCGGGAGAAAUGUUGCGAUAGCGCAGGUAAUCGCUGAUGUUCUUGGUGAUUCCAUACUCAUUGUGGCACCAAUACGUCUCGUUUGGGGCAUCAAGCUAACAAGGCCUCAGAAGAUUCGGGUCAUUGCCGUUUUCUCAUCCACGUCCCUUACGACCGCUGUCAGCCUGAAUCAUGCAUCAUGGGUUCUUCGGGACGGUGGACUGAUAGAGGCUCUUGCCUCUGUUAUCCAGACGUCGGUUAGCCUGAUAGUUGUCAAUCUCAACGUGCUCGUCGCCUUGAUCUUUCGCAUUUCAAGUGAUGACCAUGGGGGAAAUGUCACUCCUUUGGACAUGAAAUCCAUCCUUACCUUUGGCCAUGGACGUUCGCGCAAGCAGGGGCCGAAUGUCAACAUUCUAACCACAACGUUUGUUUUAACGGAUUGCGAGACAGCGCUUGGUACAUCAGUUGCGCUAGACACAUUUGUUGAUCGUGGUUAUAAAACAGAUGGUCCGGGACAUUCGAAUACUGAGCUACAAUUUCCCGCAUCCGGAGAUGUCAAAGUAAUGACUGGGACUGAUACUAUGGACACUAUGCACGUCGAGCUCACUGAUAAUAAACGUUCUUGUGAUAUGUAG